UCAUCUUCAGAAUACUCCUGAGUGAUUAAUGACAAAAAUUUCAUUUUGGGGUGGAGUAUCCCUUUAAAUAUCAGGACUGUGAGUUGUGGUCUGCAGUUGGGUGUGGUGCUUUUUGUUUUGACUCCUGUUCAAGCAUAUCAACUUAAAAGGCUAGCGGGAAAAAUAGGGGUGUUCAGGCUUGUGUCUGUCUGGGCAUGCCUCAUCUGUUUGCCAUCAAAGUAUCCAAAUCGCCAUAGUUUCAAUGUGCAAAGAGAGACCACAUAAGGGCAAGAAAAAGGUCAGAGUUCACUAGCUGCAUGAGCAUCGCUGUGAAGUCCUGGUUUUUGAUUUCUAGUAGUUACAUCAACAUCUCAGCACACUUAUACUUGCACAGAUCUCUCUUCAAGACUUCUUCUUAUAAUACGAUUUUCAUAUCUACAUAACUCUUACAGAUGGGCUAUAGUGUUUUUACAGAUAUAGACAUAAGAUAAAAAUGAAUUCAAGAAUCUUUAUUUAUAUAAAGUCAUAAUAUAUAAUAUACAUAUUAUACAUACAUAUACAUUUUUUAGCCCCUUUGACUUUACAGUUGGAGUGAAACAUGUUCAUACCCACAAAAACAAUUUCAUUUUUCAAACAGCUUCUUUUUUCCCCUCUGUACUACGUAUAGAUGUGGUGUUUUUUCUAGCCUCAGGCCUAGUGCUGCUGCUCUGGACUUUCAAAGCCUUUUAAGGCUAGACGCAGUUGGUCAGCUCUUCCAACGGGCUUGGCCUCCACCCAUGAUGAUGUGAUAAGAAAGGCAGUUCCAUCCUCUUCUGACCCUCCUCCAAUCACACAGUCUUGUGUGCAUUCAAACACUGGCCAAUGACUGUUUUCUCCUAAAGUGUCUGAGUUUACAGUGUGUGUGAAGCUGCAUAAAUAGAGCCCUCGGGGACCGUAAUGUUACAUUCCGACUGUCUCCAAGCAAAAACAUAGACUUGUACACAAUGUGUUCCCCGAGGAAAAUAACCAGUGCUGGAUUAAGAUUACGCUGUAAAUGUAUCAGGAACCUGGAGCCAAGCAUGAAAAAGGCGACCAAGCCCACGGCCGCCACCUCCAGGACCUCAGCGGGCACUAAAGCCCCAGGCAGACCUGAGGGAAAUCGUAAUAUGGGCACAGGUGGCAAGAUGACGAACAAAACCCAGAGUUCAGCUCCAUUGUCUAAGCAGGCAAAGAGCAAUGAUGAUCUCCCAGCGGUGAGUGCAGGAAGUGGACCAGUAUCUGUUAGCAACAGUAACACUACUGCUAGAAACAAGAGAGGAAACUCCUCUCAGAACACCAGCAGCACUGAGACCAGGUCCAAGACCAGUUCAGGUCUUUCAGGAAGGCGUGCCUUGUCAUCCACAGUCAAGGAUCCAGGCACGACCCGAGAAAACUUGCGAGAACGUUCCAGAACUAGUGUUGCCAAAAAGCUUGCCGGACCCACCGAUGCCAUGCCUCAGAAGCGAUCGCGAUGCCGUACCGUAGCUGAGACUGAUUCUCAGCUGAGCAAAUCACGCUCAGACAGCCAGAGGAGCCAGAAAGCAGUGCUGGAGUGCCAAGUGAAGGACCUGCUGGGCUUAGCCAAAAGCAAAGACCUGGAGAUCCUCCAUCUCCGCUCUGAACUUAGAGGUAUGAGAGCCCAGCUUGGUCCGAAAGAAGAGCUUGAGGCCCCUGAUGCAGAACAAGCAUCUCAAGAGACCAAGCAGCCUCAGGAGAAAGAGAUUUCUUCUGUGAUCAGUGCCACAGAUGUGGAGUCCACUCUGCUCCUCCUUCAAGACCAGAACCAGGGCAUCCUUGAUGAGUUAAAUAUGCUGAAGAGUGAAAACCGGAUGCUGAAAGAUCGCCUCAAUGCUCUCGGCUUCUCUCUGGAGCAACGUCUAGACAGCCCUGACAAAGCUCUGCACUGCCCAUCCUUUAGUCCUGAGCCUGUAUCUGGUGGAGGCAGUGGAGGUCACAGCGAAAACAGCGGGGGUGGUAUGCAUGCAUCUUCUGCAGAAGGCUCUGCCCAAGGCUCUACCGAGGACCUGCUUUCAGAAACGAGACGUGUAGGCUCUUCUGAUGCACUGGACAGUGAGUGCAGUGAGGCCUACCAGCCGAUCACCUCCAGCGAUGAUGCUCUGGAUGCGCCCUCAGGUUGUGGAUCCUCUUCUGAAUCAGAAGGAGGGCCACCGAGCCGGGAACAUUCCCGCAGGGGCAGCAGCGGGAACACCAGUGAGGUUUCCGUGGCCUGCCUGACUGAGCGCAUCCAUCAAAUGGAGGAGAACCAGCACAGCACAGCAGAAGAACUCCAGGCCACUCUGCAGGAGCUUGCUGACCUGCAGCAGAUCACGCAAGAGCUGACCACAGAGAAUGAACGCCUAGGUGAGGAGCGUAGCAUUCUGGUCGAUUCCAUCUGUCAACAAGGGGAGCGUCUGGAACUGUACGGAAGACAACUGGACUACUUCCGAGGCCUUCUUGAUGAGCAUCGGGUGGCCUACGCCAAGGAUGAUGAAGAUGCCAAAAGCGGCCGAUACGUGGAGCUGGAAAGGUGCUACGCCGAGCUGAAUGAGGGCUCGCAUUUUGAGCGGGAGCAGCUGCUUGGCGUUCAGCAACAGCUAAGCAGUGCACUCAAGAUGGCAGAACAGGAGAACGCAGAAGCCCAAGGCCUGAUGGCGGCAUUGAAGGAGCGUGUCCAUGUGGCGGAGAGAGCUGUGGAAAUGGAGCGGAGGGAAAGGGCAGUCGCUAAAGCGGAGUUGGAAGCGCUGAGGGUGGUGUCCGAAGGGGAGCAGGUGGAGUUGAAUCGCUGCAGAAUCCAACUUGAGCAAGAGAGGCAGAGAGUGGCCCAGCUCCUCUCCAUCCACAAUGCAGGGGAUAAGACAGACAUACGCCACCUGCUGGACAGCGAGAGAUUAGACAAAGAGCGAGCAGAGGCCAAAGCAGCUCAGUUACAAGAAGAACUGGGGCACACGCGCAGUGAAGCUGCCCAGCUCCAAGAGGCAAUUAGCAAGCUGGAGGGUGAGUUCCGAGCGUUUCGUGACGAUGUCCAGGCACAGUUAGGAGAGCAGAAGCGGCUCCUGGAGCAGCAGUGCUCUGAGCUGGAGGAGAAGGACACAGAGAUCGCUGACAUGAAGGAGACCAUCUUUGAGCUGGAGGAUGAAGUCGAGCAGCAUCGUGCUGUCAAGCUUCAUGACAACCUCAUCAUUUCUGACCUGGAGAAUUCCAUCAAAAAGCUUCAUGAUCAGAAAUAUGACAUGGAGAAGGAGAUUAAGGUUCUUCACCGUAAAUUGCGGGAGGAAUCAGCCGAGUGGCGUCAGUUCCAAGCUGAUCUGCAAACAGCUGUCAUCAUCGCCAACGACAUCAAGACAGAAGCUCAGGAGGAGAUCGGAGACCUGCGGCGCCGCCUGCAGGAAGCACAAGAGAAAAAUGAGAAGAUGAACAAAGAGCUGGAUGAGCUAAAUAGCAGAAAGCAGGAAGAGGAGCGUGGCCGUGUGUAUAAUUAUAUGAACGCAGUAGAAAGAGACUUGGCUGCGCUGAGGCAGGGGAUGGGCCUGAGCCGACGUUCCUCCACUUCCUCUGAACCUUCACCCACUGUCAAAACACUCAUCAAGAGCUUCGACAGCGCCUCACAAGGUCCUGUUUCAGCCAGUCCUGCCGCUGCUGUUGCUGUUGCUGCCGCUAUUUCCAGAACGCCCCUCAGUCCCAGUCCCAUCAAAACCCCUCCAGCCGCUGCUGUCUCUCCUAUGCAGAGGCACACCAUCAGCCCAGCCAAACCUCUGUCAUCAAUGCUGGACAAGAGAGCAAGUUACACGGACCUGAGCAUACCAGACCACCUCCUCCGGACCUCACCUGUAACGCGCCCCAGCUGCAGCCUUCAGAGGGUGACAAACAUAGACUCGACUAAGUCUAUAUCAGUUUCUCGUAGGAGCAGUGAAGAGUUAAAGAGAGACUUGUCGGUAACAGACGCAUCAACACCAUCGUCAAUCAUCGCGCUAGGCUCAUCUUCUCCCCAGCUUUCUCUGUCAUCCAACUCCUCCUCACCAACCGCCUCCGUCACGCCUACCACACGAGGACGUUUACGAGAGGAACGGAAGGACCCUCUGUCUGCGUUAGCCAGGGAAUAUGGAGGAUCCAAGAGGAAUGCUCUGCUCAGGUGGUGCCAGAAGAAGACUGAGGGUUAUCAGAACAUUGACAUCACCAACUUCAGCAGCAGCUGGAAUGAUGGGAUGGCUUUCUGUGCCAUACUUCACACCUAUCUGCCGGCACAUAUCCCCUACCACGAACUUAACAACCAGGACAAGAGGCGAAAUUUCACUUUGGCCUUCCAGGCAGCAGAAAGUGUGGGAAUUAAAUCAACACUGGACAUUGGUGAAAUGGUGCACACAGAAAGACCCGACUGGCAGAGUGUCAUGACCUACGUGACGGCCAUCUAUAAGUAUUUCGAGACCUGAGAAUCUUCUUGAAUGGCUGCAGUCGGUUCACCUUCCUCGCUGUGGCCAAGAUGCUACAAAUUUCCCAAAUGCCUUAGCUGCGAAUGGAGGCCUUACUGUUUCCUCCAGUGUGUUCCCAGAAUCCUGUAUAGCUGCUGAAGCAGGCCAGAUCCUACUAAGCUUCUCUGAACAGCAGUGCUUUUGAAGAGAAGUGCGAAGUCGGUGGGAUCAUGAGCCAGCAAACUUCCUUUAAGAACAUUGCAACACUAAUUAAAGUGUAUUGUGCCGACCGAGCAACAAAAAUGUGUAUCUCUGAAUACGAUUGCCUUUGAAAGUUGCCUUGUUUUGUAGUUUUGUCAUAAGGAUGCCCUCUGUAUGCCAGUAUUGGUCUUAGAUUAUCAGUAUUUAUUCCAAAGAGUGACGCCACAACAGGCUUCGUUUUCUUUAGCCUGAAUAAGCUUAAAUCUGACUCGUUUAAUGUAUUUAAAACUUUUUUUUUUUUCAAAUAAAAAAAGACAGGGCUCCUUAAA